AACAUUCUCUGAUCCAGAGGAAAGUAUAAGUGGACAGGUUACUUUAAUCAAACAUUACAAAGUGUUGUCGUGUAUUUGUGCUAUAAAACAGACUAUUUACAGUAAGUGACAUUGAUUUUGUUGGAAGUAGUGACAGGCAUAGAGUCUAUCAGCUGGGAGGAAGGAUCUAUGUUGAUGCUACUUUAUGCACCCAGGAUGCAGCAGUUUGAAUCUGAGAAAAUUUGCCUAUCUGCUGAUUUUUUUCUCAGAGUAUAUCUAAAAUAUUACAAAUAAAAUACAGCUUUGGAAGCUGACAUAUCUUGGCUUAAUGCUACUUUAUUAGCAGAUGUUUGCAAAGCAGAGAAUCCAGGAGCACCGUUCAUUUUCCUUAGUGCUGAUUGGCUGAGCUACUACUGCCAGUAACAGAGAUAAGGAAGACGGUAAAUGUUAGCUUCCAAUGUAGUGCUAAGAUGGUUUCUACUGUGUAUUAAUGUAUAUUAAGGUAUAUUUGGUGUUAAAACUAUUACAAUAGAUAGUUAUAAGCAUAUAGUAAUAUCAAGCAUUUGGGAUUUUAUCUUUUUACAAGUGGCUGUGAAUACCAGAGGUCAAUCUUUCUGGGAGGGUUUAUGAAAACAUGUUUAACACUCCAGAGUUAACUUUGCUUUUGUGCUGCAUUAUUGAUGACUACAAAAACAGCUGAGCUUUAAAAUCAAUUGAAAGUCUGAUUAGUAGCGGAAAACAUGUGAUCUUAGUCCUGGUUUGUUUUGAAAUCACCUGUUACAGACCGCAAGAAGGUCAAUGAACAUUUCCUUCAAUCUGAAGGGGAUUUUCUUCAUUUACACAAAUUUACACUUUGUGGAGUUUUCAAGUCUGGUUGGUCAGAGAAAAAAAAAUUAUACCAUGUGGAUCCAACUCUUGUUUUUAUAAAUUCUUGCAGUUAUGUGUUGUAUAAUCAUCUCUCCCUGGAGAAUCUUGUUAUUUUUUAUGUUUUCUGUGAUGCAUAAAAAGGCUCCUGGAUUUAGACAACAGAUGACACCAGUUUAAAAUGGGAUCUUCAGGGUUUCUGUGACACACAGUCGCCUUUUGUUUCAGUUUCUGAUCUAUAAACAUCAAACUUGACACAGUUUGAUAGAAAGACAGCCUGUUUUCCCUGCCUAACCGCUUGUAUUCGAGGAAUAACUGGUUAUCACUACACCGACUGUAGCAUGCUGGGAAAUGUAGUGUAUCCAUUCGGAAGAUCAAUCUCAAACUAGCAAACAUAUUGACAGUAAUCAUUUAGUCUUUUUUUAAAUAAAGUACUAAAACUAUAUUAAGUCUUCUCUAAAUGUAUUUCAAGUUAAUUUUACUUUGUGACAAGAAAGUAGAGUUUUUUUAGCUAAAAAAAUUUAAAAAAUAACUACAUCUCCCAUGAUUCUAUGCGUGCGAGCUGCCUGGUGCGGACGUGUUUGACAGUUAUUUAAAAAUGGGGUUUCGAAGUGAAACGAAGUGACCGUUAAAUUCAGAUUUUCUGCCUCGAGGUCAUAUAUUCAGAGAUUAUUAUGAAAUUCGUUAUUUUUUUCCGAAACAUUUAAACAUUAAUGUGUUUAGAAAAUAACAAAGCGAUUAAACGAACAGCAGGACGUGUUAUACAUAAAGUCGCUUUACUGUAGAAUCCUAUUCAUUUUUGGCGCCGAGCAAAGAUCCUUCAGUUCGAAGCGGGUUGACAGCGGAGUGAAGUAUCUUGACAAUAAACUAUCUUUGAAGCUAACCGAGGGGCUACGGCUAACCGCAGGGAGCGGACCCGGGCAGCGGCGCUCCUGAUCCGGGAUGAUGCCAAGCGACAGCACCAUGACUUCCAUCGUCCAGAGAAUAGCCCGACAGGCUCUGGUCACCUUCAGGAACCCACCAGGACUCGGUGAGGAGAGCGGAAAGUCCUUCGUAGAGAACCACGGUAAACUGAAGACCCUGAUGACGGAAGUCCGAGCGGCGGACCUGAAGCUCGUUCCUCGGAGAGCCGAGGACAGCGCGCCGCGGCCGAACCCGUACCACCACGGAGUACCGCCGGUCACCUACAUGCACAUCUGCGAGACGGACCAGUUCAGCAUGGGGGUGUUCCUGCUGAAAACCGGCGCCUCCAUCCCGCUGCACGACCACCCGGGCAUGCACGGCGUGCUCAAAGUCCUCUACGGGAAGGUCAGGAUCAGCUGCUUCGACCGGCUGGAGCGGCACGGCGGCGGGACGCAGGCGGCGCCGCCGCUGCCCCCGGCGCAGAUGGGCGCUCUGCGGCGCUCCGUGCUGCGGUCCUCCGCCGAAUACACGGAGGAGAGCGGGCCCUGCGUCCUCUCUCCGGACCGGGACAACCUUCACCAGAUCGACGCCGUAGACGGGCCGACGGCGUUCAUGGAUAUUCUGGCCCCGCCGUACGACCCGGACGACGGCAGGGACUGCCACUACUACCAGGUUCUGACGGAAUCGGAACCGAACUCCGCGGACGGGAAGGAGAAGGAGGUCUGGCUCAUGGAGAUCUCCCAGCCGUCUCACUUCUGGUGUGGAGGGGAGCCGUACCCCGGCCCGGAGGUGCACCUGUGAUCCACCCGGACCGAACCUGGUUAAAUGGACCUGGCCCGUUCCCGAACCGGGCUUCACGGACCUGGGCAGACUCAUUCUGGUACCACUUUAAAAUAAAGCUCCCCUUAUAGAUGGCUAAUAAAUAAUUUAGAGAU